ACAACUCUGGCGAUGCCAAAAUUCCCCUCCGAGUGACAGGGCUUGGGAGGAGGCUGCCUCCGGCUGUGCUAGCUCUCGGGUCGCCUGUGCCUCCUCGGCGACUAAGAAAGACUGUGCACUGGCGAGAGGGAUUUGGAAAUUAGUGGAAAAGCUGCACUCAACUCUAUCGUGACCUCAAACUCUGUGGACCGGUUAAAAGAAUAUCUACAUAUUGGAAGGAAAGUCGUGGUCAAGGAAGAUCUGCAUCGGAGGAUGGAAGUUUUCCCCUUGCUCUUGUUUCUGUCCCUCUGGUGGUCUCGAACCUGGGACCUGGCGACCGCUGAUUCCAUCAUCCACAUCGGAGCAAUUUUUGAUGAAUCUGCUAAAAAAGAUGAUGAGGUGUUCCGCACAGCAGUUGGUGACCUCAAUCAGAAUGAAGAAAUCUUACAGACAGAGAAAAUCACAUUUUCAGUGACAUUUGUUGAUGGCAACAACCCUUUUCAAGCUGUUCAAGAAGCCUGUGAACUCAUGAACCAGGGCAUCUUGGCCCUAGUCAGCUCCAUUGGUUGCACAUCAGCUGGGUCCCUCCAGUCUUUGGCAGAUGCCAUGCAUAUCCCACACCUCUUCAUUCAGCGCUCAACCGCUGGGACCCCAAGAAGUGGCUGUGGUCUCACCCGGAGCAACAGGAAUGAUGACUAUACUCUUUCAGUUCGUCCACCCGUCUACUUGAAUGAAGUCAUCCUAAGAGUAGUCACCGAGUAUGCAUGGCAGAAAUUCAUCAUCUUCUAUGACAGUGAAUAUGAUAUCCGUGGGAUACAGGAAUUUUUGGACAAAGUAUCCCAGCAGGGAAUGGACGUUGCCCUUCAAAAGGUGGAAAACAAUAUCAAUAAAAUGAUCACCACCCUCUUUGACACUAUGAGGAUAGAGGAGUUGAAUCGCUACCGAGACACUCUUAGGAGAGCCAUCCUUGUUAUGAAUCCUGCCACAGCCAAAUCCUUCAUAAGUGAGGUGGUGGAGACUAAUCUGGUUGCUUUUGACUGUCACUGGAUCAUUAUAAAUGAGGAAAUAAAUGAUGUGGAUGUCCAGGAACUUGUCAGAAGGUCCAUUGGAAGGUUAACAAUUAUUCGGCAGACAUUUCCAGUCCCCCAGAAUAUAAGUCAGCGCUGUUUCCGUGGCAACCAUCGAAUCUCUUCAACACUGUGUGAUCCCAAGGAUCCCUUCGCACAGAAUAUGGAGAUUUCUAACCUUUACAUCUACGACACGGUGCUUCUGCUCGCAAAUGCUUUCCAUAAGAAGCUGGAGGACCGCAAGUGGCACAGCAUGGCGAGCUUGUCCUGUAUCAGAAAAAACUCGAAGCCCUGGCAGGGAGGGCGGUCCAUGCUGGAGACCAUCAAGAAGGGUGGAGUUAAUGGAUUGACUGGAGAGCUAGAAUUUGGAGAAAAUGGAGGGAACCCCAAUGUACACUUCGAAAUCCUUGGAACCAACUAUGGAGAAGAACUUGGCAGAGGUGUCCGUAAACUUGGGUGCUGGAAUCCUGUCACGGGUCUGAAUGGGUCACUGACUGACAAGAAACUGGAGAACAACAUGCGGGGUGUGGUUCUUCGUGUGGUGACUGUACUGGAGGAGCCUUUUGUAAUGGUCUCUGAAAAUGUCUUGGGAAAACCGAAGAAAUACCAAGGCUUCUCCAUUGAUGUUUUGGAUGCCCUAUCUAACUACCUGGGUUUUAACUAUGAAAUUUAUGUUGCACCGGACCACAAAUAUGGAAGCCCACAGGAAGAUGGGACUUGGAAUGGAUUGGUAGGAGAACUUGUUUUUAAGAGAGCUGACAUCGGGAUUUCUGCUUUAACUAUUACUCCAGACAGAGAGAAUGUUGUGGAUUUUACAACACGUUACAUGGACUACUCAGUGGGGGUUCUACUUCGAAGGGCAGAAAAGACAGUGGAUAUGUUUGCCUGUCUUGCACCAUUUGAUCUGUCUCUGUGGGCCUGCAUUGCUGGCACAGUCCUUCUUGUGGGACUACUAGUCUACCUCUUGAACUGGCUUAAUCCCCCACGAUUACAAAUGGGAUCAAUGACAUCUACUACACUCUACAACUCCAUGUGGUUUGUGUAUGGAUCCUUUGUUCAGCAAGGUGGGGAGGUCCCAUACACAACUCUGGCGACCCGAAUGAUGAUGGGCGCAUGGUGGUUAUUUGCUCUGAUUGUCAUCUCCUCAUACACAGCAAACCUUGCCGCUUUCCUCACUAUCACCCGCAUCGAGAGCUCCAUCCAGUCUCUUCAGGAUCUGUCCAAGCAAACAGAUAUCCCUUACGGCACAGUCUUGGACUCUGCAGUGUAUCAGCAUGUCCGCAUGAAGGGGCUGAAUCCUUUUGAGAGGGACAGCAUGUAUUCCCAGAUGUGGAGAAUGAUCAACCGAAGCAAUGGGUCAGAGAACAAUGUUCUGGAGUCCCAAGCAGGCAUCCAAAAGGUAAAAUAUGGAAACUAUGCUUUUGUAUGGGAUGCAGCUGUAUUGGAAUAUGUGGCUAUCAAUGACCCAGACUGCUCCUUCUACACCGUUGGGAAUACUGUUGCUGACCGGGGGUAUGGGAUUGCACUGCAGCAUGGCAGCCCCUACCGAGAUGUCUUUUCACAAAGGAUCCUGGAGCUGCAGCAGAGUGGAGACAUGGACAUUCUCAAGCACAAGUGGUGGCCUAAGAAUGGCCAGUGUGACCUGUACUCCUCGGUAGACGCGAAACAGAAGGGAGGAGCCCUGGACAUCAAGAGCCUGGCAGGCGUGUUCUGCAUUCUGGCCGCGGGGAUCGUGCUCUCCUGUCUCAUAGCGGUGCUGGAGACGUGGUGGAGCCGGAGGAAGGGCUCGCGGGUCCCAUCCAAAGAGGCUCCAGCCCUGCCAAAUGAAACCGAAAUGUCUGAAAGAAGCCAUGCUUGGCCAUUAAGGCCAUGUUUGAAACUUGGCAGUAAUACCUGGAAAAACCAGGCAUCCAGCCAUGACCUGCACCAGUCUUCACAACUAGGAAGGCCUCUUGAUGACCCAUAACCUCUACCAGCCCCGGAGCUACUGAGCCCUUACCCAACUCUUGAUUUCAGGACUCAUUGGGUCCUGAGUACCACAAACUGGUGAGCUGAUAUACUGUCUCCUAAAUUUAAAAUUCUUCUUCCAUUCAAGAAGUUGUCUUCACCAGGCUGUAACACCUGCUACACUUCCCCUGUCGAAGAGUAGCAAAUGACUGCUGCUUUCGGCCACAGGUCCUGAGUCUAGCCUGGGCCAGCCCAUUAGCCUGGCAACGAUGAUCCUUGUUCAUCGUGGACUGUCUGUGGACUGCUUGCCAAUGUGUCUGGUCAAGAGCAUUCACACUGAGGUCCAAGUCUGAAUCACAACAGUGUUGUCCUCUUGUUCCCAGUUUCCACCUGGUCAAGAUUCCCCUGGGUCCUCAGGCUUGUGAGAGCCAGGAUACAGGGAGAUGUGAAGGACCAAGGAGAAUGUGCCUUGGCAAACUUAACCAGAGAAAAAUAGAACCCUCUUCCAACUCUCACUGAAUCAGUUUUGACUAUGAUUAAUCAUAUUUUGUCAUAGAGUCCUCUCCAUAUUACUAAAAUAAUACCAUAUUCAUAUUUACGAAAGGUCUAAUUUUCUCCAUGCUAAAAGACAUUGCCUUUACUCAGAGACCAAAACGUAGACGUUUUCGAUGGAUUCUUGGCUAAUGGAGAACCUCUAACUUGAAUCCAUAAAAAGUGGAUCUUUUUCAUUGUAAACAAGGGUCACUUGGAUGCUGUUCUCUACCUUAAGUUUGUAGUGCUAGCAUGUUUCAUCCUUCCACCAAGACAACUGAGUUUCCCCCAGUUACACAACUCCACGCAAACAACCUCUUCCCAACAAAAUUUGGAAGAAGUUCAUGAAACAUACAAAGACCUUACAAGCUUAACUUUUGAAAGGAUCUAGCACUGCAUUGAAUUCUGGGAAUAAAACGAGUAAGUCAUGUUCUUGCCCUGAGAAGUUUACAAUCCAAUGAGGAGGUGGGAUAAGUUAAGCUACUGUGUGCUGUAGCAGUACACUGACAGCCAUGAGAAUUACACCUCUGCUCCUUGACCCCAGGGAGCCCAGGACGACUCCUCGAGGAUCUUCUAAUAUUCAGAGUUGAAAGCCAGCUUGCAGGCAUCCCGUUCCUUUGGAGCCCCUGCAGGUAGUGAUCCAGAAGCCACUAGUCACCGAAGCGUUAGUUCUAAGCCACCUGACUUGGAAACAAGUUUUAUGUCAACUUACAGAGCACUUUUUCCAAUCUGCAAUCAAACUGGAAACUCUUACAGGUAAAAAGCAGACUGAAAGGUCAGAAGACAUGGUAGCAAGUUUGGGUCCUUCUAUUUACUAUGACUAAGGGCAAAUCACUUAGACUCUGUGGUCUUUGGUGUCGAUCUUUGAAGACUAAAAAUAAAAGUCUUAUCUACUGUUCCUACCUCACAAGAUUGUUGUGAGAAGCGAGACUGUAAAAGCAGCUUGUUAGCUGUCAGUUCUUAAUCACUAUAGGUUCCUGAUCCUUACUACCAAAUACAAUACCAGCAUUUGUCACAAGGACAUACGCUUACCCAGCCUUUACCCUGCACCAUGGAAUGGUACAAAGAAGAUCAAGGUUCAAGGUCAUCACUUUCCUGGAUAUCUGGUUUUCACAUGGAAAUGCUAAUGCUUUCCAGAAUGACAAAGGUAAAGUUUAAGGAGCAAAGCCAGGACCCUACUGCCACAGAGACACUCCACCAUUAACACAUGGCUACAAUGAACCUGUCAGCCUCCUUCACAGAAGGCUACCCCUAAGGCUUAUGGCAGAGAAUUUAUCCUUGGUUCCAGGAAAGCAGCCACACUGUGGUAGUUCUUGGUACCACCUUGGCUACCACUGCCCGAGGAAUCACCAACCUCUCUAAUGAAGCACAGGCCUCCCCAAAUAAAGUGAUGGAUUAUUCAAAAGGGACACUCACCCAGAUAAAUAAAGUACAUGCUGUUCACGACUGCCUGAUCUAUUACAACUGGACUAGCAGGGGAAAUUUCUAGAUAUGAAUUAAAGCAAGAAUGUGAUGACAUGUUUCUUCUUAUAUCAUUUUUAUCCCUCACAUCAAUUUAGCUUUUAGCAUUAUGAUUCUUACGUGUCUAUUCUCUAACUAUCCAACAGACUGAAGGUAAAAUUUGUUCCUGGUAACAAUUCAUAAAUAUCCCAUUUACACACACACACACACACACACACACACACACACACACACACAAGCACACAGAGGCAAAGGCACAUGUACAUUCCCAAACAUAGGCACAUGAACACACACACACACACACACACACACACACACACACACACACACACACAAGCACACACAGAGGCAAAGGCACAUGUACAUUCCCAAACAUAGGCACAUGAACAUACACACAAACAGGCACAAGCACCUGUGCAUGCACACAUACACAAGUGCACAUAUAUAAACACAUAGGCACAGACAUAUAUAUAUGCACAAAGGGCAAAGGCACAUGUAUGUACAUAUGUCUGUCCACCCAGGCACAUACACACACAUCACAUCACAUCAUUAAGCUGAGGAGCAGGGAAGAACGCCACCAUUUUCUUGUCUCUAUGCAUGGCCAAGCCUGAUUGGACUUUCCUGCUGGUGAUUUAACAUGGACUCUGGAUUAGCUGAUCUGAUUUAAGUUCAGUAUUACCAAAGGUGUCCUAAUGUACCCCAGGAUAAAACCCUGACUCCAGCCAGGUGGUGGUGGCACAUGCCUUUGAUCCCAACACUUGUGAAGCAGAGGCAGGUGGAUCUCUGUGAGUUCGAGGCCAGCCUGGACUACAGAGUGAGAUCCAGUAAAGGUGCCAAAGCUAUACAGAGAAACCCUGUCUCAAAAAACAACAAACAAACAAACAAACAAACAAAAACCCUGACUCCAUUUUAGCUUUAUGUAGUUUAAGUGGAAGUCGCAGUCUGAUGGAGCACUGAUACCAACAAUCCUUUAUCAAAGGGAGAGCUUUCCCCUAAAAAUCCAUGAGCUUCUCCAAAGCUCAGAACACAGUUCCGUGUUCCCCAAGAAUAGCUUCAAUUUUCUCUCAGUGUCACCUUGGAUCAAUACAAUGAUGGUUAUGUACAGAAUUGUGACCCAGAAGAGUCACAGACCCCAAACAGAUAACUUUCUAUUGUCCUACUUCCUCAAGAUCCUAGAGCAAGGAAGGAAGGUUAUGGGUUUAAAAAAAAAUCCAUUCAGCGUUGAUUCCAGCUUUUAAUCAUUUUUUAAUGUAGAGUAGGAAAUAAUCCACAAUCUCCUCCUUGUUGUGAGUGAGAUUAGCUAACCAAAUACAACAUCCAGAGGGCUGAAGAGUCCUUAAGACAUUGACACUGCAGUUUCAGUACCUAAAACAAGUUGAAAAUUUCAAACAAUGUCUUCUAGUCUAGUUCAUAAUCACCACUUGCUUCGGGAAGAAAGCCAGGCAGACUCAAAGCAGCAGCCACCCAAGGUCAGAGGCACUGGGCCAAAGGACCCAGCAAAGAGCAGACCUGAGCCAGGAGGGAAAGCUGUCACUGGCGUGGCAGCCCAUGCUGAUGGAACAAGAUGUUCUACAGGUCAGUGGGGGCUGAGGAAGAGCAGACAGGUCAGAGCAGGGAGGCAAAUGAAGAUGUUGGAACAGGUAUCAGGGUGAUGAACACUAGGCAGAAGCUGCAUCAUGCACUCCACAUAGCAUUUGUCUCAUAGUAGCCUUUCUUGUGACUUCCAGGAUUAUGUCAUAGUUGCUUUCUGUGAAUUAAAAUUCUCACUGUUACUGACGUUGCUUAACCUAGCCAAUCCAGAACAGAGAACACUUCCUCAUCCCAGGCCUAGACAUACUUUUGUUACAUCCUGGUUGAUGUAAUUUUCUUUUACAGAGAUUUUUAAUUUGUUCAUAAACCUUUAAUGUUAUUUUAUCAAUAAAAUUUUGUCAAUAAAUACGCUCCUGGUUGAACUCCAAUUCCUUUAUUAAAUUGUUAAAACUCAGUAACAAAAAUCCAGCCAUGUUGAUCUAUCAUCUGCCUGCACUUGCCUUCUCCAGGCUAUGGGAGGGAGAAGGUGUUCUGCCACAGCUGACCGUCAAGGGAGGUGGAAACAGUUACAGAGAAACACCAGGAAAAGGUUAGCACAGGGAACUUCCCAGGUGACUCACAGCAAGCCUUCCGGAUGAACGUCAAUCUGGAAAUUGUACCUCCCUGGCUUCCAAAAGUCAGAGGCGUUCAACCCUCCCCCUGCCUCAACAGGAUGCAGAAAUCGCCUGCUGAGAGACAGACAUAUGGGAUAGAAAAAAAAAAUAAUGAAGGCAGCAUUUUGCAGGAAGGAGUCACUAAGCAGAGUCCCUAGCUGGCAAGAAUGCCACACUUUUCAGGGAAUUCAUGUGAGAGGUUCCAGCAGUAGAUGGAACACAGCCAGGAACCACAAUGGUGAGAAGAAUGGGGCAGUUUCUGCAACUCAUGUCUGAAUUCUAUAUGUUUUAAAGCUAAGAGCUUACUGCUUCUUGUAAAAGACUUUCUGGGAUUUUUUUUUUUUUUCAUUGAUCUAAGUGAACCUGGGAAGGCUUGAAUCCGUGUGAAUGGAUUGCACACAUUGGGUUAAGAAUAAAGAAACAUAAUCUAGAGAGCAGCAUCAGAGACACAGCAACAGCCUCCGUCGUGUGAGACGUGGAAGUUACCAGGAGAAGGAAACUGUUCUGUCCUGUCCAACGUGCUGUACGGAGAACUGUGCUUACAUGAUGGCUUAGUAAAUGGCAACUGCAUUUUAAUCUUGGUGUGUGCUCCAUCUUCUCUCACAAUCCGUUUCACAUUCUCCAUAAAGUCCAGGAUGAAUGCAGACAUUUUCUAAUGAGCACAGUAUCUCUAAGUAUAAGAAUUAAAGAAAUUCUAAUUGAUAAUAACCAAAAGUAUUCCUAAAAAUUAAACCAAAUGGUCAGCUACUCUUUGCUGAACACAAUUCAUUUUACAGCAGAUAUCCAUGUAAAAAUUAUUGGUAAAAAUUAUUCCAACAAAAUGUCAUUCCAUCUCCCCUUCAAUUGUGUCUAGUGUCAAUACAAUACUAACUGUUCCAUAAACAAUCUUUUUCUCCAUAAAUAAAAUAUUUGUAUACUGAAA